CGUCCGCAAGUUCUCGAACGGGGUUCUCACUUGCUUGUGACAUCCCUUCUACAUUGCGACAAUUGUUACGACAGUAAUUGAGCAGUCCAUAGCGGCAGUCGCAUUCUACGACGCUGUCGACGGACUACACUCCCGCUCUUAUCCUGAACGUGGCUGAUUCACAGCUUACCAUAUCGCGAUUCGCUGAGGUCCAACGACUUUGUCCACGCGCCCGGAGGCGUGGGUCAUCUUGAUCGCCGUCACAAAUAUUCGCAAAAGAAGAGGAGUGACAACUGCAAACCAUGAGCGGACGGCAUUUACUUGGAGGCGAGGCGUACGACUAUCGGCAACUGGAACCCCGAUGGAACCCUAUCUUAAUCGUGGCAUCGAUCGCCAUUUCUUUUCUAGGAGCGUUCACUUCAACGCAGCUUAUGUGCCAUGCGCGAAUGUCAUUGCGAUUUCAUUCUGUUUUUCUUUGGGUACUGUUUGGAAGCUUCGUGUUCGGAGGUUGUUCAGUGUGGUGUCUGCACAUGGUCGCAAUGCUGGCUUGCGAGUUCGAUGUCACGAUGGGUGUGAAUCCGCCUCUCACUGUCUUGAGUGCUUUCCUUCCUGUGUUCUUUACUUUCCUGGCUCUCGGUUGUGAAUUGCUCUGGGAUCGGUGGCAUCACGGUCGUGGCAGGAAAAAGCAUCGAUCAAGGAAACCGAGACAGAAACACACUACGCUCAGUCCCAUGAGCAAAUACAGAAGCAGCAUGCCGCCCGCUCUUUCUCUUCGUCCCGUAGCCGAGGAGGAAGAAGAGGAAGAGGAGCACGAAGAGGGCGAUUACCAAGAUGAGGAAGUGGCACCUGAUCAACCCCUGCUAUCACACUCAUACCAAUCACCAGUUCGUCAUGCAGAGAGUCAGAGUUGGAGCGGGCCAAGAACGGACUUUUUUAGAUCAUCGCAGGACGGACCAGGGGCCUCCUUCGAUACGGGUCUAUUGCAAUCGCCUCCGGACGCAGGGAUGUCUCCGGGAGUAGUGCCACGCGAUAGUAUACGACCGGUUAUUACAAGGAGCGCCUCUGGCAGAAGUCUCCCGAGUCUGACUAGAAUCACAACACAGAGCCUACGUGACGAUACAUCCAACGGCUUUCGGGAUGAUGCUUCUACGAUCAGCUCGGGAUCUCUGGGCCGGUCUUCAAGUGAUGGCUCCACUCUGCGUCGCGAGUCGUCGUCUGGAUCAAGCACCAGUUUUGGCCUCAGUAGUGCUAUGGGCCUGGCAUAUCGGAGGGCUCCUGCAUCAACAGUGAACGCAUUUUUCGCGACGGCAAAGAUUUUGUAUAUCGGCAUGACUCCACGGAACAUCUUCAAAGGAUUCUUGUGGUCGAUUGCGAUUACAAGUAUGCACUAUACCGGUAUAUAUGGAUUGGAGAUUCCGAACGGGAAGAUUGUCUUGAAUCCUUGGGUUGUCCUUGCGUCAGCACUCAUAUCUUGGCUGGUUUGUGCAGUCGGAUGCAUCUGCAUGGCAGAGAUGGAAGCGCGGCUAUCCCAACAACUACUCUUCUCUGUCGUGGCGACAACAGGAGUUGCUGCAAUGCAUUUCACCGGCAUGAGAGCGGCAACGUUCUGGUCAACAUCACCACCUUCGGAAUUGAGAGGAUAUCCACCAGUGAUUGCGGCGGCGGUAGUCUUGAUCGCUUUUACAACCUGCAUUGCUGCGAACGGUCUCCUAGCUCACUCUGCGACGGUCUCUAGAAACAAACUUGCCGAAAUUAUCUGGACACGUCGAGAAUUGUGGCGGACAAUUGCUCAGAAGGAAAAUGCCGAGGCAGCUGCUCUAGCAAGAAGUGAAUUCAUUGCUGCAGCCAGUCAUGAGAUCCGAACUCCCUUGCAUCAUCUGCAGGGAUAUAGUGAUCUCCUAUCGCAAACACCGUUGACUGAAGAGGGACGUGCCCAUUUGGCUGCCAUACAACGAGCUACCAAGACUCUGUCAUUGAUCACAAACAAUGUGCUAGACUGGUCGAAGCUAGAGAAGGACGCUAAAGCGGUUUGCAAACCUGUGUCACUGGAUAUACGAACCGUCUGUGAGUCGAUAAUCAUCUUGCUUCCAAACAAGGACGACGAAGCAGACGUCGAACUUUGCGUCGUAGUGUCUCCUGAAGUUCCGGCUUCGGUAUUCCUCGACGAGACAUACAUUCACCGCAUUCUGAUGAACUUGCUUUCAAACGCGUGCAAGUUCACAAGGUCGGGUUACAUCAUACUCUCUAUCGAGGUCAGUGGAGACAAACUGAUAGCCUCGGUAAGAGACACAGGUAUCGGCCUUGAUCCAACCUUCAUCCCACAGAUGUUUGAGCCAUACAAACAAGGUGAACAAAAAGGCAACCAACGUGGUACAGGCUUGGGUUUGAGCAUAAUCAAACAGCUACUCCAAGCCAUGAGUGGCACCAUAACCGUCGAAUCAAAGUUUGCCUACUCACAAGACGUCGGACCGAAUCAAAGCGGAAGCACAUUCACAGUUGCUGUACCUCUGCAGCCUUCCUCCUUACCUCCACAGCCAUCCGAACAACCCGAUGAAAGGCAUAUUGCAAUCUUAUCCGAAGCAGAUACAAGGCAACUCCAAGGUAUAAGAACGGCAUGGGAAAAGUUCGGUCACCAAGUCACAAUUGCUGCCGGUAUCUCCGAACUCCCCGAGAGAGACUGGAAGUACGUAUGGGCAGAUAUGCCCUUCCUCCUUAAUAACAAGGAUCAGUUCCGGCGGCUCAUGAAGCGAGAGGAAUGGAUGGUACUCGUACCGUAUGACACCCAAAAAGCAUUGUCUGAUCUGCCUGGCAUUGUAGCAGCUCCACACGUCGUACUGUUGCCACGUCCACUGGUCUGGCACUCCUUUGCCACGAGAGUCGAUGCAGCAAAUAGAAGGAGCCGCAGCGCUGCUGUUUCAAGAACUUUACGCUUCGCUCCCGUGGUGGAAGUCAUGCAAGACAUCGCACCUGCCGAACUUCAACAAAUCAAUGAGCAACAGGAUCGUCAACAAUUACAGAACCAACAAGAAUUGUCAGUUACACCAGAGAAAGAAGCGCCACAGGAUACAGAAUCUCCAGUACCUGUCACAGUGCCACAGCCUCAGACUGUGCUACUCGUGGAAGACAAUGUAAUCAAUGCGAAGCUGUUCCAGAAAAUGCUCGUUACGUUGAAACACAAAGUCAUCCUCGCACCCGAUGGUGAGGCUGCGGUAUCCCAAACACUGAUUCAUGAUACAGCCAUCGAUAUUAUAUUCAUGGAUCAAUCCAUGCCCAAGAAGGACGGAAUCACUGCAACAAAGGAGAUCCGUGACCUAGAAGUCCGGGGCAAAUUACAGCGAAAACACAUCAUUGUUGCAUUGACUGCGGUUGUAAAUACCGAAUCGCGAGCAAAAUUCAAGGAGGCCGGCGCUGAUGACUUUUUGGCUAAGCCGUUGAGUAUGACGGGGCUGAAGGAUGCUCUUGCUGUACAUUUGGGGUGCUGAGUGGCAGUUGGCUUUGUUGAUACGAUCAGUUCCUGAUGUGUAUUAUAUGUUGU